GGAAGUAGGCGGGGUGACGUGAGGUUGACGAGCCAGCGGCGGGUUUGCAGAGCUCAGUGGCCGGAGGCGGCUGGAUUAGGGGGGUGCCGGAGCCGGAGGUGGAGCGGGGCGGCGUGUGGCCGGGGCCAUGACGGGCAAUGCUGGGGAGUGGUGCCUCAUGGAAAGCGACCCCGGGGUCUUCACCGAGCUCAUUAAAGGAUUCGGUUGCCGAGGAGCCCAAGUAGAAGAAAUAUGGAGUUUAGAGCCUGAGAAUUUUGAAAAAUUAAAGCCAGUUCAUGGGCUGAUUUUUCUUUUCAAGUGGCAGCCAGGAGAAGAACCAGCAGGCUCUGUGGUUCAGGACUCCAGACUUGACACGAUAUUCUUUGCCAAGCAGGUAAUUAAUAAUGCUUGUGCUACUCAAGCCAUAGUAAGUGUGUUAUUGAACUGUACCCAUCAAGAUGUCCAUUUAGGAGACACAUUAUCAGAGUUUAAAGAAUUUUCACAAAGCUUUGAUGCAGCUAUGAAAGGUUUGGCACUGAGUAAUUCGGAUGUGAUUCGACAAGUACACAACAGUUUCGCCAGACAGCAAAUGUUUGAAUUUGAUGCAAAGACAUCAGCAAAAGAAGAAGAUGCUUUUCACUUUGUCAGUUAUGUUCCUGUUAAUGGAAGACUGUAUGAAUUAGAUGGAUUAAGAGAAGGACCGAUUGAUUUAGGUGCAUGCAAUCAAGAUGAUUGGAUCAGCGCAGUGAGGCCAGUCAUAGAAAAAAGGAUACAAAAGUACAGUGAAGGUGAAAUUCGAUUUAACUUAAUGGCCAUUGUGUCUGACAGAAAAAUGAUAUAUGAACAGAAGAUAGCAGAGUUACAAAGACAACUUGCUGAGGAGGAACCCAUGGAUACAGAUCAGGGUAAUAACAUGUUAAGUGCUAUUCAGUCAGAGGUUGCCAAAAAUCAGAUGCUUAUUGAAGAAGAAGUACAGAAAUUAAAAAGAUAUAAGAUUGAAAAUAUCAGAAGGAAGCAUAAUUAUCUGCCGUUCAUUAUGGAAUUGUUAAAGACUUUAGCAGAACACCAGCAGUUAAUACCACUAGUAGAAAAGGCAAAAGAAAAACAGAAUGCAAAGAAAGCACAGGAAACCAAAUGAAGAAGAAGAUGCUUUGGGAUGUGUACACAUUUCUGCUUCUGCACUUACUUUCAAGGAAACCAUUAAGUAUAAAGAACUUUGAGCAACAUCCUCAUCGACUCAGCGCACGUUUGGCAAUAGUCCCAGUCUGUCUCGUCUUCAAUGCAUGGAUUCAUAACCUCUCCCUGCCUGCAUCAUGUGCAUGUGGUGCAUAUUAAAUAAAAGUGGUGUUCAGAGCGCUUGCCCAAAUCCUAUUAUAUGACAUUGGAUCUGAGAACUCCUGUUGGUUCUCUGGAUAGAUAACUACCGUAAUGAACCAUAAUGAACUACCAUAAUGAAAAUGGACAGAUGAUAUUCUCUACCUGUAAUUGUUAUAAUUAAUCUUCCAAUCUUCCAGCUUGGUUAAAUGCUUAAAAUUUAUAAAUGUCAGAUCUUGAUUAAA